CCUGUACCCAUGUAUCUUUAUCAUCACGCUUUGAUCACAGCGGCUAGCCAGUGAGUGAUGUAAUGUCGUCUAAAUAUGAAUUAAGUAAUCUAUCCAACUCCGAAUCUACAGUAGUUGGAGAAGAUAAAAUGUCUGGGAAGGACGGUGGAUGCUAUGUUCGAACGGCCACAGGAUUUCUCAUAGCCCUGGUGGCUAUUCUGAUUUCAGUCGGAGUUGGUUUAAUCGUCCACUUUGCCGAAAAUCGUCCACUGGAAUGCAGUUUUCCUGACACAUAUGUUGAAGGCCAGAGUAAAACACAACAACAACAAAAAGAUAGUCAAGCUGUGCAAUGUCCACAAUUAACCACCAACCCUGCAAACACCCAAACACCGAGUGCUUCGCCGUCUGCGACAUCGGCUAUACCGAUGCUGAAGGAUGUUCGACUCCCAAAAUCCAUGGUUCCGAUACAUUAUGACCUCAGGUUACAACCGGAAAUGUAUUCAGCAGACCCAACUACCUUCAUAUUCAAGGGAAAAGUUGCAAUAGAUAUGAACUGCGCAGAAGCAACAAAAACUGUUACUUUACAUAUAAAUAUGUUAAAUAUAACGAAAGACUCGAUUGUGUUUAAAUUAAAAUCCGGGUCAGGGAGUACGCCACAGUACGUAAAAUAUACGGAAGACGAGGAACGCCAGUUUUUGAUAGUUCAUUUCGAUAAAGACACUACACCAGGGACACAGUAUACUUUGUCAAUGGACUUUGUUGGACCCCUGAAAGACGAUUUGCAAGGGUUUUAUCUUAGCAGUUAUAAAGAAGGCAAUAACACCGUCUACCUAGCUACAACCCAGUUUGAACCGACAGAUGCUAGGAAAGCCUUCCCAUGUUUUGACGAACCUGCGAUGAAGGCGACCUUUAAGGUGACUUUAGUAAGAAAGAAACAUCUGAUGUCGCUGUCAAACAUGCCGAUUGUAACAUCAAACCCUAUAGAAAACGGCUAUGUUGAAGAUAGGUAUAAUGUAACCGAGAAGAUGUCAACCUACUUACUAGCAUUUGUAAUUGGUCAGUUCAACAAGACACAAGGAGUUACAAAAAAUGGUCUUAAAUAUGGAGCUUGGGCGAGACCCGAAUCUGUGAGCCAGACUCACGUUGCAUUGGAUGUUGGUGUGAAUACGAUAUAUAAUUAUGAAAAAUAUUUUGACAUUCCGUUUCCAUUACCCAAACAAGAUAUGAUUGCCAUACCGGAUUUCGCAGCUAAUGCAAUGGAAAACUGGGGUUUGAUUACAUAUAGGGAAACCGCCAUGUUGUUUAAUCAGGAAGUGACGUCAGAGAAAAGUAGACAAAGGGUGACAAUUGUCAUCACGCAUGAACUUGCACAUCAGUGGUUCGGAGACUUGGUAACUAUGGACUGGUGGGAUGACAUUUGGCUUAACGAAGGUUUUGCGACAUUUGUUGAAUACUUAGGUGCUGAUAUGAUUCAUCCUGAUUGGGAAAUGUUUGAACAGUUUGUCAUUAAUGAAGUGCACCAAGCUAUGGAAUUUGAUUCGUUAGUGACGUCCCAUCCUAUUUAUGUACCCGUCGAUAACCCGGAUGAAAUUCACGAAAUAUUUGACACCAUUUCCUAUGCAAAGGGUGGCUCCGUGAUUCGUAUGAUUCGGUUUGUCCUUGGAGAAGAAACUUUCAAAAAAGGAUUAACACUUUACUUGAAACAACAUAGCUACGGAAAUGCAAAACAUGAUGACUUAUGGAAUGCGUGGGCAACGCAAGCUCACACGGACGGACACGACGUUGACGUGAAGAAAAUAAUGGACACAUGGACACUUCAAAUGAACUUUCCUGUUGUCAAGGUAACAAAACAAAACGGAAAAAUACACGUGGAACAAAGUCGAUUUUUGAAAAACAAGAAUGCAAGAGACCCCGGAAAGUAUCACAGUCCGUUUGACUACAAAUGGGAAAUCCCAUUCACCUACCUUACAAGCGCAAAUCCAGAUUUUAACAUCACCAAUUCCGGUAUAACAUGGCUGAGUGAUUCAAGUCUAGAAAUUGCACAUGUUAAUGUAGCAGACGACCAAUGGAUACUUGGUAACGUGGGACAAUAUGGUUACUACAUGGUCAAUUAUGAGGACUCGAACUGGAAAGCUCUUAUUCAACAACUUAGGUCAAAACACACAGUUAUUUCAAAUAUCAACCGGGCACAGAUCAUUAAUGAUGCAUGGAGUUUAGCAAGGGCUGGCCAGCUGUCUACCGAUAUAGCACUGAGUGUUCUUGAGUAUUUAGACAAAGAACUUGAUUACGUCCCUUGGCAAGCAGCAAGAAAACAACUUAAUUACCUUGAUGAUAUGUUCAGAAAAACUGACUUAUAUGGGAAGUUUGAGAAUUUCAUGCUGUCUAAAUUAUCCGGCCCCUUCUCACAUUUUGGAACGGACGACGAAAAUGCGACACACAUUGAGUCACUAAUAAGGAGCGAUAUUGUGGAAAUGGCGUGCUCUUAUGGCUUGAAACAGUGCAUUCAAUAUGCAAAACAGCUGUUUGCAAAGUGGAUGGACUCUCCCGAUAUGAAUCCUAUAGACCCCGAUCUAAGACCAGCCGUGUAUUGCACUGCUAUCGCUGAAGGUGAUGCCACAGAAUGGAAUUUUGCUUUUGACAAAUACAAGGCAGCUACAGUAGCCACAGAGAAAGUGACACUGUCAAAGGCAUUGGCAUGCACGAAAAGCACGUGGUUGCUUAGCAGAUAUCUUGAAUUAAGUAUUAAUCCGGAUGUAGUAAGAAAACAAGACGCAACAUAUGUCAUACUAUAUAUAGGAAGUAAUCCGAUUGGUCAGUCCUUGGCCUGGGACUUUGUUAGAGGCAGAUGGGAUUAUCUAUUUAACACGUACGGAAAAGGAGUUUUCUCAUUUGCACGCCUAAUAUCUGGAAUAACUUCAACUUUUAAUACAGAAUUCCAGCUGAAACAGUUGCACGAUUUCCUUGGAGAGAAUCCGAAUAUGGGUACCGGAAAUAGAGCGUUUAAACAAGCUAUUGAAAAGACUCAGACAAACUUUGACUGGAUGACCAAAAAUCGGGAAAUUGUAGCAAAUUGGUUAGAUACUGUUGGUAAAAAACACAAUGCAAGAGUCACGGAUGUUAGACUUCCGGUACAUCUCAUUCCAGACACGUAUGACGUCACUUUGCAACCAAAUAUGUACGGUGAUGACCCUGAAUCGUUUAAUUUUGAAGGACAUGUGAAGAUAUAUAUGACGGCCAAAGAGGCGGGGCGAAAUGUUACUUUACAUGUUAAUAAAUUGAAUAUAAAUGAGGAAAGCAUUACUUUUGGAAAAGCAGACGGAUCUCCAGGCGGCCCGGCAUAUAAAGGUCAAAGAGAAAGUGACAAAGAGCGACAAUUUGAAAUUUUCUAUCUCAAUUCCGACAUUGUCGCUGGACAGAAAUACACAAUUGAAAUGGCAUUUACUGGACCAUUGGUUGGAGAUUUAGCAGGAUUAUACCUUAGUCAAUACAAGCGUGGAAAUGACACUGUAUACAUUGCCACCACUCAGUUUGAGCCGACAGAUGCAAGAAAGGCGUUCCCUUGCUUUGAUGAGCCGCAGCUCAAAGCUAAAUUCAACGUGAAACUUGCCAGGAAGUCGCACAUGGUUUCUAUUUCAAAUAUGCCAAUCAUCAGUCAACAAUCCGUGAAAAAUGGUUUUAUUGUGGACACGUAUAAUACGUCAGCUAUCAUGUCAACAUAUUUACUCGCGUUCAUUGUGUGUGAUUUCAAGUACACAAAUAGUACAACAUCAAACGGUGUCACGUAUAGAGCAUGGGCGAGGCCAGAAUCGAUCAAUCAGACGGCAGUUGCCCUGGAAACCGGCACAAAAAUAUUAUCGUAUUAUGCUGACUAUUUUGGGGAGGCUUUCCCCUUACCGAAACAAGACAUGAUAGCAAUACCUGACUUCGCUGCUGGUGCUAUGGAAAACUGGGGUUUGAUCACAUACAGGGAGACCGCCAUGUUGUUUGAAAAGGGAGUGUCUUCUGAAGGAAAUUUGCAAAGGGUCAAGGUCGUUGUUGCUCAUGAACUGGCUCAUCAGUGGUUUGGUGAUUUGGUAACAAUGAACUGGUGGGAUGAUCUGUGGCUGAACGAGGGCUUUGCAAGUUUUGUAGAAUAUAUGGGCACUGAUCACGUGAGUCCAGAUUGGAAGAUGUUUGAGCAGUUUGUGUUCGAGAUAUACGAGGUAUUCGACAUAGAUUCUCUAACUUCGUCACAUCCGAUAUAUGUUCCUGUUCAGAACCCGGAUGAAAUCAACGAAAUAUUUGAUACCAUAUCAUACGCGAAGGGUGGGUCUGUCAUCAGAAUGAUGAGGUUUUUCCUUGGUGAAGACACAUUUAAGUUAGGUCUGCAGGAAUAUCUUCAUGCUAGAAAAUACCAGAAUGCUGAUCACAAUGACCUCUGGGAUGCACUUGAACAGCAAGCAAAGAAGGAAAAUAAACCUAUUAAAGUUCGGGAGGUCCUUGAUACAUGGAUAUUGCAGAUGAACUACCCUGUUGUAACGAUUAGCAAAGAUGCCAAUGAAAAGGUGAAAAUUAAACAAGAACGUUUCCUCAAGGAUAAAAAUGCAAAGGACCCGGGCACAUACACAUCACCAUUUGAUUACCAGUGGAAGAUACCAUUUACCAUGACAACAAGCACUGACGCCAAGUUCAACCAAACAGAUAGUGAUGUCGCAUGGCUAAAGGGUCAAGAAAGGAGUUUACAAAGAGACUAUCCGACUGGACCUAAUUCUUGGAUAAUUGGUAACAUUCAACAGUACGGUGUUUAUAGAGUUAAUUAUGACGAUGACAACUGGAAUAAUCUUAUACAUCAACUCAAAACGGAUCACAAGGCAAUUCAUGUGCUCAACAGAGGUCAAAUCAUCAAUGACGCAUUUGGACUUGCUCAAGCUAAGAUGUUAUCAAUGGAUAUAGCACUAAGGACACUGGAAUACCUGACAGAAGAAACUGAGUAUGUUCCGUGGGUGGCGGCCGGUGAUCAACUCGGUUAUAUACAUAAGAUGAUCGCCGAAACAGAGCUAUAUGGAGCAUUCGAGCGUUUCAUGCAAGCCACUGUCAGCAAACAAUACAAUAGACUUGGAUUGGACAAUUCCGGUGCCAGCCAUCUUGAAUCUUACGUUAGGUCAGAAAUUGCAAGUCAUGCUUGUGGCUAUGAUAUUACCAAUUGCACAGAAACUGCCAAAAAACUUCUACAACAGUACAUGGAUCAUCCUGAUAAUAAUCCAAUCGAACCUGAACUGAAGUCUACGAUUUAUUGCACGGCACUGCGAGAGGGCGGGGAGAAAGAGUGGGAGUUUCUGUUUCAGAAAUAUAUGACGGCAACCGUUCAAGCAGAAAAGUCACGCCUACUAAGUACUCUUAGUUGCACGAGGAAAACGUGGAUUUUGAACAAGCUUCUGGAAUACGCUCUAGACACCAGUAUUGUGAGAAAACAAGAUGCUUACAAAGUGUUCAUCUACGUCGGGAGGAAUAUCGUCGGCCGGGCUGUUGCUUGGGAUUUCUUCAGGUCAAAAUGGGAUGAUAUCUUUGAAACAUAUGGGACUGGAUCAUUUUCCUUAAGCGAUAUCGUUUCUGGUGUAACGGCAUCAUUCAAUACAGAGUUUAAACUGCAACAGCUGAAGGAUUUCCAAGCAGCUCAUCCGGAUAUGGGAUCAGGAUCUAGGGCCAUGGCUCAAACUAUAGAAAAUACAAAUACAAACAUACAGUGGAUGAAGGACAAUUAUGAUACUGUAAAGAAAUGGCUCGAGAACUACAAGAAGGCAUAACGACGUCACAAUGACGUCACUUGGAUUUAUGCAAGCGUUAAAUGACAAAAAAACUGAAUUAGAAUGCCUGUUCUUUAGAAGAAUGCAUUUUAAAAUAUUAUAAUCGGACAAUAGUUUAUAUUUUCCUACAUU